AUGAAUAAUAGUCAAAAUAAAUAUAAAUAUUCAAUUGAUAGUUGGAAAACUUUAAAUGAUUUUAAACUAUUAAAAUUAAAUGAAGAUCCAAUCUUCAAUCAUUUAAUGCAGUCACUAUAUUCAAUCCAACAAUUUAAUAAAGAUAUUAUAAAUAAUCAAAAUAUAUUAGAGCAACAACCACAGCAGCCCAAUCAAUCAAUACAACAACAACAGCAACAACAACAACAACAAAAUGAUAUAUCAAUUUAUUUACCAAAAAAUUCCGAGGAAUUAUUACUAAACGAUAAAAUAAAUAGCUACAUUGAAGAAGUAAUGAAAAGAUUUAUCAAUAGUGGUGUAAAAAAGAAUUCCUCAUCCUCUUCAAAGCAUACAAAUAAAGUUUUUAUUGAUAGCAGUGACGAAAGUAGUGACGAUAAUUCUUCAUCCAACACAAAUAAUCAAAUUAAUGACAUUGAAAAAAUUAAAGAGUCAUUUUUAAUAUUAGUAGACCCACUAAAAAGAAAUUAUUAUUGGAUAAAUGGUAUUCAUUUUGACAAUAAUAAUAAUAACAAUAACAAUAGUACUUCUCCUUUAUCCUCUCCAUCAAAAUUAACAAAUAGUUUGCAAGAAAAUGAACAGAGUUCAGGAAAUUUAAAUGAAGCCAACAACAUAGUGAGCAUUAUUGUUAGUAACCAAGAUAUUCAAUCAAUUAAAUAUAUUGCUAAUCAAACAGAGACAAAUCCUUUAACAUUUUAUUCACUAUUAAGUAGUAGCUACAACUCAAAGUCUAUUGUUAUCCCAUAUUUAAAUAAUUCUGGCAACGUACCAAAUAAAUGUUCGUUACCAAAUGUCGAGCAAGUUUUUAGAAAUGAUGAAAAUCAAACAGUUAAGUUCUUAUUGAAUUGGGAAUGUGAUUCAGUGGUUAGGGAAUACAGUUUGAUGAUGAAAAGAAUUAAAUUAUCCAAUGAUGAUCAAGAUAAAGAAAAUUUAAGUACAAAUAAUAUUGAUAAUGGUAGUGGUUUUGAAGUUCUCUACCGAGGUCAUAAUAAUUUCUAUACAACCCCACCACUUCAAUCUGGUGUAUAUUCUUUCAAAGUCAAAGCCGUAAAUAGAUUUGGUGCUGGUGAACCAAGUGAAGAGUUUAUUAUAAAUGAAACCUAUUUUCAAAAAACAACCUCAAUUAUUUCGUCAUCAUCCGAACUUUCAAUAGAAGACUUUAACCCAACAGAAAGUAUCAGCAAUAAUUCCGAAAUUAAAUUAGAUAAUAAUGAUGGCAAUAAUAAUAAUGACAGUAAUAAUGAUAAUAACGAUCAUAAUAAUGAUAAUAAUAACGAUCAUAAUAGUGAUAAUAAUAACGAUAACGACAGUAAUAAUGAUAACAAUAAUUAUGAAAAUGAUAAAAUUAAUAUUGGUACUGAUAAUGACAGUAAUGAUGAUAAUAGCAUAAACAUUACUAAUAAUAUUAAUAAUAAAACAAACUCAAAAGAUAAGAAACGUAAAAAGACUCAAGCUAUUAAAUUCAAGAAAUUAAUUAGUGAAAUUGAUAACUAUAUCACACAGAAUGGCAGAAUAUCAACUAGACUUUCUAUUAUCCAAUGUGAAGAGAUUAUAAAUAAAUUGUCUACAUUCAAAGAGAAAUAUACUACAAGUUGUAAUAAUUUUUCCGAAGAAGAGCAAACAUUAUUUUUAUCAUCAGUUAUCCCAUCAAACCCAAUUCCCCUUUUAGAGAGAUUAGAAACGAUCAUUGAAAGCGCAAACCAAUUACUUCUAUCCUACAAGAUGACUAAAGAAUGGAGAGAGAUCUUAAAGAAUGAAAUUGCCGAAUAUUUAGCCUCACCGCCAAUGGAUCCCGAUGCAAAAUUGAAGAUUAAUAAAUUUGUAGACUCAUUAUCUGAUCAGCUCCCAGAAACAGUAAAAAACAUGAUCUAUCAAAUCGUAACUCAAACUGCAAAGAAGAAACUAAAUGAUACUAGUACUUGUGCUACCCAAAGUAUUGUUAGAUCAAAGGCCUCCUAUUUAUUAACUAUUUUUUCAAAUCGAAAGGAUCUUUUUAAUACAACCUGGUGUUCUGAAAUGGAGGUUAUCUCAAAGCAAUUAUUAGAGAAUUCUAUGAAAAAGAAGAAAUCAAACUCCCCACAAUCACCCCAACAACCCAGCACUAUUUUAUUACCACAAACGACUCAGCCAUCCUCACCAAGAAAAUCAAAACAACUUACAAAAAACACUAUUGCAAUACCACAAUCACCACAAACAACAAAAUUACAAAUUAAUACUACUCCAACAAAAUCAUUCGAAAAUAAUGAGCAACCAUUACAAGAAAAUUACAACCAAGGUGCAUCAAAUGAAAAUAUGAAUAUUAACUUUAAUAAUAUUAGUAUUAAUAAUAUAAAUAAUAUGGCUAAUUAUAAUAUAAAAAAUAACUGUAAUGAUAAUUAUAAUAGUAAUCAUAGUAAAAAUGAUAACAAUAAUAAUAAUAACAAUAACUAUUAUAAUAACAACAGUUUUUAUACAAACAAUAUUUUCAUUAAUAAUAAUAAUAAUAAUAAUAAUAAUAGUAAUAAUAAUAAUAAUAAUAAUAAUUAUAAUAAUAAUAAUAAUAAUAAUAAUAAUAAUAAUUUAAUUAAUUCUCAAUUACAACCAAACCAAAUGCAACCACAACACCAAUUUUAUCAAGAAUCAGUUUUUAAACAACAAAUGGAUUUAUUAUCACUCAAGCAUCAAAAUUUUGUAAAUUCAUCGCACUAUUGCUCAUCAUUUACCUCUUUUACCCCAUCACCAAGCAACUCGAUCCCAAUACCACCAACACCCAGUAAUCCAUUGUUUUAUCAAUCAAAUCAAAUGAUGGUAGAGUCUGCCCCACCAUCACAAUCAUUUUUUAUCCCCCAACCUCCAUCUCAAACCAUGAACCAAUUCUCACCCUCAUCAUGGUCAUCAAACUCCACAACCUCAUCACCAUCUAACUCCCCAUCUAUAAUGUUAAAUAGUUUAUCCGAUCAAAUUUACACCGAUUUUAGUAGAGUAGUUGGAUCACAAGGUUCAUUUGAUAGUAAUAAUUUUAUUGUUUCUCCUCCCUCACCAAAGAAUCAUAAUAGCAUUAAUAUUAACGAUAAUAGUAAUGAAAUUUAUAAAAAUUUAAACUCUGAUAAUCAUUUUGGUGACCCAAAUAAUCAAUUUCAAUGGCUUACUCCAGUUUUAUCAAAUUUAGAAACUAAAUUCAGGAAUAAUACUAACAGUAAUAAUAGUAAUCACUCAUCUUUAUUUUUUGGUACCAAGUUUUAA